GAGCCGGCUGUGCGGCCGGGAGCUGGCGCACUGGGAUAGCGAGCGGUUCCCGACGGGAUCCGAGGAUUCCCUUGCAAAGCCGGGAUAUCAGUCUGCAAAGAUCCGGAAUUCCAUUGCAGUAUCGGGUUAGGGAGGCUCGUAAACACCGCGCUUUGGAGGUGAUUUGGCAGAAACCCGAGCCAAGUGUGAGGACCUAAUAUCUGGAAAAGAGCCGUAAACCUGUGCGGCGCCAAACCAUCCUCCCACCUGCCCCCCUCGGAGCUCUUUUCCUGUAGCCGUGUGUUGUGUAGACGCAGGGCCGGUUUCUGUGUACGUGGGCGUGUUUGGGAAGAAGCUGCGAGCUGAUAGGAGUUACUCAAUUUUCAGUGAAAAGAUAAUUCAAAGAGAUUGAAACACUACCUCAGCCUGAAUGAAGUUCGUUGGAGAGGAAAGAAUAAUAAUGUAUUUGUGGCCUUGGACAUGAAGCAGUCAGUCUUCUGUUGCCGUUAACAUAGCGUCAAGGACUGAUGCUGUGGGAAGCAUGGACCUAAUGAACGGGCAGGCAAGCAAUGUUAAUAUUGCUGCUACUGCUUCCGAGAAAAGUAGCAGUUCCGAAUCGCUAAGUGACAAAGGUUCUGAGCUGAAGAAAAGCUUUGAUGCUGUGGUAUUUGAUGUUCUUAAGGUUACACCAGAAGAGUAUGCGGGUCAGAUAACGCUAAUGGAUGUUCCAGUAUUUAAAGCCAUUCAACCAGAUGAGCUUUCAAGUUGUGGAUGGAAUAAAAAAGAAAAAUAUAGUUCUGCACCAAAUGCUGUUGCCUUCACAAGAAGAUUUAAUCAUGUAAGCUUUUGGGUUGUUAGAGAAAUUCUUCAUGCUCAGACAUUAAAAAUUAGAGCAGAAGUUUUGAGCCACUAUAUUAAAACUGCUAAGAAACUGUAUGAGCUGAAUAACCUUCAUGCACUUAUGGCGGUGGUUUCUGGCUUACAGAGUGCCCCGAUCUUCAGGUUAACUAAAACAUGGGCGUUACUAAGUCGAAAAGACAAAACUACCUUUGAAAAAUUAGAAUAUGUAAUGAGUAAAGAAGAUAACUACAAAAGACUAAGAGACUAUAUAAGUAGCUUAAAGAUGACGCCUUGCAUUCCCUAUUUAGGUAUCUAUUUGUCAGAUUUAACAUACAUUGAUUCAGCAUACCCAUCAACUGGCAGCAUUUUAGAAAAUGAGCAAAGAUCAAAUUUGAUGAAUAACAUCCUUCGAAUAAUCUCUGAUUUACAGCAGUCCUGUGAAUAUGAUAUCCCCAUGUUGCCUCAUGUUCAAAAAUAUCUGAACUCCGUUCAGUAUAUAGAAGAACUACAGAAGUUUGUGGAGGAUGAUAAUUACAAGCUUUCGUUAAAGAUAGAACCAGGGACAAGCACACCACGAUCUGCUGCUUCAAGAGAAGAUUUAGUAGGUCCUGAAGUAGGAGCAUCUCCACAAAGUGGAAGAAAAAGUGUGGCAGCUGAAGGAGCCUUGUUGCCACAGACACCGCCAUCCCCCCGGAACCUGAUUCCACAUGGACACAGGAAGUGCCAUAGCUUGGGUUAUAACUUCAUUCAUAAAAUGAACACAGCAGAGUUUAAGAGUGCAACAUUCCCAAAUGCAGGGCCAAGGCAUCUGUUAGAUGAUAGCGUCAUGGAGCCCCAUGCACCAUCUCGAGGCCAAGCUGAAAGUUCUACUCUUUCUAGUGGAAUAUCAAUAGGUAGCAGUGAUGGUUCUGAACUAAGUGAAGAGACCUCAUGGCCUGCUUUUGAAAGGAACAGAUUAUACCAUUCUCUCGGCCCGGUGACACGAGUGGCACGAAAUGGCUAUCGAAGCCACAUGAAGGCCAGCAGUUCUGCAGAAUCAGAAGAUUUGGCAGUACAUUUAUAUCCAGGAGCUGUUACUAUUCAAGGUGUUCUCAGGAGAAAAACUUUGCUAAAAGAAGGCAAAAAGCCUACAGUAGCAUCGUGGACAAAGUAUUGGGCAGCUUUGUGUGGGACACAACUUUUUUACUAUGCUGCCAAAUCUCUAAAAGCUACAGAAAGAAAACAUUUCAAAUCAACAUCAAAUAAGAAUGUAUCUGUGGUAGGAUGGAUGGUGAUGAUGGCUGAUGACCCAGAACACCCAGAUCUCUUCUUGCUGACUGACUCUGAGAAAGGAAACUCCUACAAGUUUCAAGCUGGCAACAGAAUGAAUGCGAUGCUAUGGUUUAAACAUUUGAGUGCAGCCUGCCAAAGCAACAAACAACAGGUUCCUACAAACUUGAUGACUUUUGAGUAGAAGCCUAAGAAAGAAGCAAGGUGAACUGUUGCCCCUGAAUGAGAGCAAGGAGCUGAUGAAAGCGCCAGCUAUAAACCAGUUCUGUGCCAGGAGGAGCCCAGAGGCUCCGGCUCAGCCUUUGGAGUUCUGAACCAAAAAAGCACUAAUUUCAGGGAAUGAAGUGAGAUAUUCCCAGAGAACAAAUUGGAGUUACAAAACAAACUGCCAUGGACCAUGCUUCUUUUCUCUGAACUGACCUGCGGAAACCACUGCCUUAAAAGAAUGAAAGGAAAACCAACAUGAAACACCAAAUAGUGUGUGUGAAUCUUCUGGCGGUGCUGUGCUUGGAAUAGAUCGUAGCUAAUUUGCAUUUCUUUUAACUUUGUACUAAUUUUGGAGGGGGGAAUUGCCUUUUUUAGAUACACUUUAAAAAGGAAAAACCUAUUUCUUCUGGGUUUGUGAGGGGCUGGUUUUGAAUGGAGGGGUUAGGAUAGUCUGCCUGAGGAGGAUGCUCCCAGCAGCCUACCCGAGGUAUUUCAAGUAACCUGCUGCCUCACUGGCUCUCGCACAGAAGGAGGUUAGGAAUUAGACAUGUUCAUAAUGUGAGUUGUUGGGGUGCGUUUGGGAUUGGGGGCGGGAGUUGUUUUGAAUGAGGGGAGAUUUUUUUUUUUUAAACACUAAACUUCUGAAACUUAGUACUGUAUGGGGAACCUCAUUUCCUGCAGGAGGCAUAAAGGCUGAGUGUUCCUAUUCCAAAUGCUCUUUUCAAGUGGGCCUCAGAAAACAUGGUUGUUUUUAGCUGGGUUUAAUAUUUAGCCUUCUAUAUGAACUUCUUAUUGGACCACAGAUCUGCUUAGUAAAGAACCGUAAUCCCAACCUAAACUAUUCUGAGAUUUUACAAUAUUUUUUUUCAAGUUAAUUGAAUUAUCCCUUCUACCAGUCACUGAUGAUUUUUGUCGUCAAGAGGAUUUACUGAUAUUUCAUCAAAACAUUUUCUUUUAUAGCAUUUAAUGUACACAAUACCAGUUUUUUUAUUAUUAUUAUUUGUUUUCAUUAUUUUUGUUAAAUACAAGAUUCAGGAUCACAUUUGUUUAAAAGAGCUUCUGCAUAUGUAUGUGUGUAUGUAUUUUAUCACAAGGCACACAAAAUAAUUUUAAAAGGGAAAAAGGUGAAAGAUUGAGAUUCUGGGAAUCUCAAGUAUCAAAACUUUCCUUCUUCUAUAACUUCCCUUUAUUACAAAACACUUUUCUGAAAACUUACUAUAGGUCCCGGCCAUGAAACCAUAUUUUGUCAGUAGUUGACCAAGCUGUUUUGCGAGAGCUUUUUCAUGCAACAGUGCAUUUAAUUUCUAGAGUAAAUGUUGAAUUCCAAAAAGAAAAAAGAAAAGUUUAAAGGUGAGCUGCCUUAGAGUUUUAACAAAAAAAUGGCACGCGAACAAAGGCUAUAUGUUAGAUGUUAUAAACUCAUGGGGCAUCCUGUAUUUUAGCAAUGGCCCAGAAUAAGAAAUGCUUUUUGACUGAUCUCUUCCAAUAAACUUGUAAUACUUUGGGCCUCAUGUAAAAUUUCCCACAUUUGCAUUCUUAGAGAAUUUCAGACUUUUUUUUAUCAUGAAUAUUUCAUUCUUGAAGCCAUAAAACUUAAACAUUAAAUAGAAAAUAUUGCCCACAGAAUAAUUAGCUAAAAGUCUAUCCAAAGAAUGUAGAAGAGCUUUUGGAAAGGAUGUUAGGAGUUCAAAUAUUUUUCUCAUAUAGCAGAGUUAGAAAUUCCAUUAUUUCUGGUUUUGUGGAAAGCGAUAUGGACUAGAGAGGGCAAAAUGUUGCCUGUGCUAAGUGAGUUUUCAAUUAAUGAUUUUCCAAGCUUAACCCAUUUUGGGUACAGAGAAAGACACCACCUGCAUAGCCAGCAGUAUUACUAUAUAGACCUUGCACAUCUUUCGUUUUACAUUGUUUUUUUUUUUUAAUUCUUAAUUUGUGUAUUUCUCUUCAGAAAUAAGUGUUUUUAACAGUGUAAGUGCUUUUUAAAAAAUACUGUGGAUGAGAACCCUGUGGAUUUUUUAUUAUUGUUUUGUUUGUCAUAAAUAAGCUAAAGUAGAUAAAUUUGUAGGUUAACCAUAUUUGGGGAGAUUUGCAACUGGAAGUCAGAGCCUGACAUACAGUUUUGCCAAAGAGAGCUAACCUGGAAGAUGUGUUUGAUAUUUCAGCUCUAAACAUUAAGGGAUACUUGCACAAGUAAAGAAUAAUGUUCAAAUUUGGUGAAUAGCCCUUAUAUAGAUUUGUGGCCUCUGACUGAGCAAAACCUUUAACAUAAGUGUGCGGUAGAAGUAGCCAUUGUUCUUCUAUCUUCAAAUCUGUCUAUUCGAAAGAUUAGACAUAGCUUUUGAAGACUAUUUUAGCAUUUGAAGCAAAUGGAAACCCGUGAGAGAAGUAAAUUAAAAUAGCAUAGGUGAAUUUUUUAUCUAUAAUUCACCAAAUGAUAUAAUAAUUCAAGCAAAGAAAAUAGGUCACCAAAAUAUAUUAAAUAUUUAGGUAGCUUAUUAGUAGGAAGAUGAAAUUUUUUUCCUCUUAUUAAGGUUAUGCUUAAUAAAUUAGUAAAUUAGUGACUCAAAAGCUGUGAAAUUUCUAUCACUAUUAAGCUCAUUUGUUUCUCCUAGCCAAGAACAACUCAUUAGAAAUUCCAUUAUAAUUUACAUUUAAGCUAGUUUAUGAUAAGCAUAAAUAUUGGCAUAUUAUGUGGCCUGGUGUAGUAGUAUAUAAUACUAGCCAAAAUACAGUUUGAGGCACAUCUCAUUUAUUUCACUGUUUGUUUGAACAUGGAAGCUUAUUUUUCAUACAGAAGUAACAUUACUUUUUAAAAUACAACUAUAAAAAGAACUGCAUAAUAAUGACCUUCAGACACUAGUUUUGGUUUCAUGCCCCCUCUGUGUUUGUACUUCGCUUUAUUUUUUCAGAAGUAUUAUUUUUACUGUAAUCUCCAGACUAUAAGAAUUGAAAGAGGACUGAUCAAACACACCUUCCUAUAGCAUUUUCUUCACUAUGUAAAUAUGAUUUGUAUAAACAUUACAAAAAGGGGUCCAAACAAUUUGAGUAUAUUUUUUUUCUCCCUGGGUAUGUGCUUCAGUGACCAUUUGUUUUUCUUUGUAAAAAUGCCAUAUGACUGUCCCACUACUUUUUGUGUAGACUCUCUUGGUAUUGGGUCUUUCCAUGGGUCAAGAGUUAGGAUAGUCAUAGCUCCCAAGUUUUUAUAAGUGACUUUAUUCCUCUUCUGGAUGACUUCUAGAAGAGCCCAAGGAGCACUACUGUUCUAGAAGGGAAAAUGUUUGCCAUCUGUGGUGUAUACACUCCAUGGAUUAGUUAAACCUGGGCGCCCUGGGAUUACUAAGAUUUACCUGGCCGCAUAACUUGAGCAGAAGUCUUUUGAGCUUAAACCUGCAAGCUAUACCCCUUUCCUACUGAAAACAAAACUCUAAGGCAUUGAUCAGAAAUCUAUAAUAAAAGUAGACUUCAUCCAUUAACUUCUUAAAGAAUAUUUCCACUAUUGAUUUCCUUAUUUUCUGAGGCACAUUCCUUUCCUCCAGUUUUUAAACCACCAUAUUACCUUCUUCUGCCAACAAGGGGUAGCAGUGUUGCUUCACAGAGGAUAAUUUUUAAUAAAAGAAACCCUCUGCUUCAACGGCUUUUGAAAUCAUUGGAUCCCUUUUUGAAAGUGAAGAUGAGCUCACCUGGGCCCCAGUGGAACUGUAUGUAGUGCUGCUGUUGCAUGAGCAGAUGAUACAGAGCGAGUGGUGAGGUUUACCUGGCCUUUUCAGUGACCUUCUAGGGCUUGCUCUCAUUUUCUCUCCUUUUGUACUACUUUUUUCAAACAUAGUAAAUUUAUGAUUUUACAGCCAGAGUUGUAUUCUGUUUUUUCUAAGCUUUGAGAUACAAACAUUUAAUCACAUUGAUGAGCAUUAUUUUCCAUGUGAAGUCAACCUUUUCAAAAUGAUCUAAGUCCUUUUUGGUCUUGUUCCCCUAAAAAUGGCUUGUAACUAAAGUGACUUUUUUUUUUUUUCCCAUUUAGAGGAUUCUGAUGAAAGAUCUGUGCAUUGCAAACUUAGAGUCAUUGAAAGCAAUUUCAGUUACACCGGUAUCUCAAGUUGGAGUGUGGGGAAAAUUUGGUCAGUGCCUUAACAAUUUGAAGACCAAUUUUAGGGCAUCGAGUAUGACAAUAAUCAUUUGCCCUCUUACUCCUCUUAUUUCAGGAGUGUGUGCUAUCCCUCUCUCCACCAGCUUACUCUUUGUCCCAGCAAGUGUAAGAGAGUCUGUACAGAUGCCUCCAGGUAAUUGUUGCAGCCCUCCAUGGUCUUGAGUCUUUUUAGACAAGCUCCCUCUCUGCUCUUCUCCUGCCAGGAUAGGAGAUUAAAAAUAUGCCCACCCAAGUCAACCUUUAGAUGAGUACUUAUAAGAACAACUUUGAAGAGCAUCCAUCCAGCUGAGUUUGUUUUUAUUUUGUGGUGUUGAUGUUGUUUGGAGCAUUGAUUUAAUUAUGAGGCUUUUCAGAAAAUCCCUAAAAGAAUACAUUGCAGCCAGAAGGAUUAUUUGUUGGGGUUUUAUUAAAGCUACUGCAAUCUUGUAAUGAGAUUUGACCAAAAAUGAGAUUUAGAUUGGUUCAUUCUCCUAUUUAAAUAAGACUCAGAACAAACAGGCAGUCACUUAACCUACCAGAUAUUGUUUCCUUGGAAAUACUGUGUCAGGAAGGUGAAAACAAUGUCAAUAUUUAAAUUCAAAGGGAAACUAAGAGACUAAACUAGCUUUCUUAGUCAAAACAAAACUUGGAGACAUUUUGCUUCUCUGAGACUCUUGCAAGAUCUGGAGCUACUGUUGUUCAACUGAGUUAAGAUGCUAUUUUCACAUAUUUUAAGGACUAGUACAUUCCAGAAUAGGGAAGCAGACGUAAUUGUUAAAGCCAAAAGAAAGGUUGACUGAUCUUUGAGGGUUAUUAGCAGAAUUCAAAUUUUGAUUCUAGUCAUUUGGCCUGCAAAGUGGUGACGAGAUUAAAGGAAUGGAAUGCAUAAUUAGAAUGCUUUGGGACUCAACUUUUUUAAUAGAUGAGCCGAAAAUUUCAUAAAUAUUACCUGUGCUUUAGAUCCCAGGUAACCAAUGCUGUUUCCCCUAAAGAUAUCACCUGUUAGGACUAUUCACAAAUAUAGUCCAAUAAUUAUUGACUUAUCAGGUGUGACACAGUAGCUAAUUAUAAGUCAUCAGACUUUCAAGAGUUUCUACAUUUUAAUUGUUGACAAAUUUAUUGUUUUACAGCCCACGGAAGUGUGUAUGUGUGGGGGGAGGCGGUGGGGAGCUUGUUCAUAAUGUAAUCUACAGGAGAUAAACAUACAGGAGAUAAACAUCUGUGGGGGUAAAUAUCCAAUGAUGAUAAUAUACAGGAAAACACAAGCCAUUUUUAUUCUUCUUUAUCCCAAUUAACUUGAGGUACUCCCAAUGAUGAAGCUCUCGAUUGCACUAUGACCUCCCUGAGUGAUGUGCAGCUUGGUUCCUCUCUCACUUUCUGUUUCUGUUUAAUAUGCAAAUGUGAGUGUGAGAUCUUCAGUGUGUUUGCAUAAGCUAACUUAAAAUGAAUUUAAGUACAGUUUUCUGAAACAUUUCUAUUGAAAUAAAUUACUUAAAAAUA